AUGGUCGUGACGCGUCGUUCUCGUGGCCGCCCGUACCGCCCGCUCUUCCCGGACGGCAAGCCCGCGCAUCUGCGUCAGACUAGAUCUGGGGAACUCACGGCCGAGUGCUUCACAGAGUACAUUGACACCUUCGACUUGGAUCACUUCAGCCACAACAAGUCUGCCAUUGUACUCGUCGCGAGCGCAGCUCACGUGUCCCUGGACCCCGCAUGUGACGAGAGCACACUCUGCGGAUUCCGUGUGCAGGAGCUCACGUCAACGAAGAUAGUUCAUCUCGAUGGUGCCGUGUCGACGUACAACCUUCCGUGGUUCAACGGGGUGGUCGAGAUGUUCAAGACCAUUUUCCGGUCCCGCUACAUCGACUUCAUCAUAAGGGACGCGACAUGGCUGUCUAAGGGCGCAAUGCCCAUAAUUGUCUUUGAGAACGUACUGCUAUGCUUGGGGUCUGCUAGCGACUGCACCCCUUGCAGGGCUGUCCACCUCUCGUGGGCAAGGUCUGGGAUGUUGCCCAUGGCGUGGAGGUCGCUUCUCCAUCUGACGGAUUAUCCUGCAACUUGUGUCACGGUGGAGCCACUCGUUUCCCAACUCGUCCGUCUGCAGCUACUGAUAAACCCGUUCAAAAAGGGCGAUACUGCCAUGAUGCAAGCCACCGAAUACGCGUCGUGCGACACCCGCAUUCUCGCCAUCAUCGGCCGGGACGCUCCCGUCGCAGACGUCGUAGCGGUGGAGAUUACCGCUCCGUUGAUUAUGCCAGCUGGGUCGAGUCUGCACGACCCUCGUAGUCGCCGCCGAGUAGUGCGCACCGUGACUAAGACGUACAUACGUACCGCGGCGCAACUGGGCAUUCUUCCGAGGGAUUUUCUCGAGCGCACUGGUCUAUGCAACGACGACGUCAUCAACGGGCUCCGUCGCACUCCAACUAAGCGGGCUCGACUGAGCGGUGCGCGCCUGGCAGUGCCUGGGUAUAGCGACAGCGAUGGCUUAGACGGAGCUAUGCUGCGACUUCUGAACAUCCGACGCCCGCAUCUGCCGGAUGGCAAGACAUGGUUUCCAUUGGACACCAAAGCCUACGUCUACGCGACGCAGUUGAACAGGGCGUUGCCGAUGGGAAGAUCCCCGUGUGUUUUCGAUCUCGACUACCUUGCCAUACCGGUUAUUGCAAGGAUGUUGUUUCUACUUCACAAGGCUCGUCGCCCGCUCGGCGACCAUCCGUACGCUGCGAAGGCCUUGAAGGACGCCAAGCGCAUAGUCAUUCAGGGUAACAACACCGACUGUGGAGUGUUCGUGUGUAUGUACCUGAACGGACUGGUCAACACGGGAUUCAAGACGGUGUUUACCUGGGUGUCAUGCAACGGCGUCACAUCACGCACCUACAGGAGAGGCAUGCGCAGGGAUGUGGCCAGUCAUGCAGUGGGGGAGCUGUUUGUGCAGCUGUACAUGGAGGAAGUCGAGGUGCCGCCCCAGCCGCAUGCGCGUGUAGACGACGACGACUGCAUGCUGUUUCCAACGGAGGACGAGGUCAGAACGGACCUGGCGCAGCUGUCCCGCGAUAGGAACAGCAUGGAGGUGGAUGGUGUCCUCAUGGCAGCCGCCGUGAUGAGUAUCGCCUCAGCGCUUGGUGUUAACUUCCCGUACACUGAUGGCGCUGGCGACGAGCAACAAAGGGGACACGUCUCUAAGACUGCCAAUCCGAAGACACCAGACGGGACGCCCGUGAAGGGUCAUGGUGCCGGCGGCCGCAUGCCAAGGACCAGGGCCACCAAGGUGAAGGCAAGCGGUACAGGGGGUCUGGUGAAACGUGGGGGAACGAGCGGGUACACCGGGGUGUGGUACGACCUCCGAGUGCGGAAGUGGUGCGUCAAAAUCAUUGCAGGCCCGGAAACUGGGAAGCAGGUUCGCCUUGGAGCGUACUUGAAGGAGGAGGACGCGGCGUAUGCGUACGCCGCUGGCGCGUUUGUGAUCAGACGGAAGGACCACUUCCCCAAGAUGAUGUCAUUGUCAGAUGCGGAGAUGGCUGCACUGGAGGGGGCUAUCGUGGAUGACGUUAGGCAUCUUGUACAGAAGCGCCAAUGGUACAGGUGGAGGGAGUGGCGUAAAGCCAUGGACUACAUUGGUGUACUGCCAGGAACACCCUUCAAGCCGGAGCCAGGUGCGGAGUCGCCUCCAACGAAAGCAGAGGCAGCUGAUAGCGAUACUCGAGAUGCUGAAGAAGAUGAGGAUCUGGUGAGCGAGGAUGACAAUGGGGGAGAAGACAGUGAGGGGGGGAUUGCGUGCACACAGGCCCAGGGGCCCGGCCCUUCCCCCACGCUAGCACUCCCAAUCCCCCUUGCUAGCGUCCACUCCCCUUCCCCCACGCUAGCACUCCCAAUCCCCCUUGCUAGCGUCCACUCCCCUUCCCCCACUCUAGCACUCCCAAUCCCCCAUGCUAGCGUCCACUCCCCUUCCCCCACUCUAGCACUCCCAAUCCCCCUUGCGAGUGUCCACUCCCCUUCCCCCACUCUAGCACUCCCAAUCCCCCUUGCUAGAGUCCACUCCCCUUCCCCCACUCUAGCACUCCCAAUCCCCCUUGCUAGCGUCCACUCCCCUUCCCCCACUCUAGCACUCCCAAUCCCCCUUGCUAGCGUCCACUCCCCUUCCCCCACUCUAGCACUCCCAAUCCCCCUUGCUAGCGUCCACUCCCCUUCCCCCACUCUAGCACUCCCAAUCCCCCUUGCUAGCGUCCACUCCCCUUCCCCCACUCUAGCACUCCCAAUCCCCCUUGCUAGCGUCCACUCCCCUUCCCCCACUCUAGCACUCCCAAUCCCCCUUGCUAGCGUCCACUCCCCUUCCCCCACUCUAGCACUCCCAAUCCCCCUUGCUAGCGUCCACUCCCCUUCCCCCACUCUAGCACUCCCAAUCCCCCUUGCUAGCGUUCACUCCCCUUCCCCCACUCUAGCACUCCCAAUCCCCCUUGCUAGUGUCCACUCCCCUUCCCCCACUCUAGGACUCCCAAUCCCCCUUGCUAGUGUCCACUCCCCUUCCCCCACUCUAGCACUCCCAAUCCCCCUUGCUAGCGUCCGUUUCCUCUCCUCUCCUCCAGGGCAGGGCGGUCCCAUUUUCCCUCUCCUCCUCUCACCCAUUGUGACACUAUCCCAAUCCCUCUCUCAUCCUACUGCUCCCUUGCACCACCAUCCAUUUCCCUCUCUAUUCUCCCUACCUCCCUUCGCAGGGCAGUCCCCUUUCCCUACUCCUACGCUCAUCCGUGGUGCCUCUGUCCCAAUCCCGCUCUCACACUUUUCCCUCAUGCGCUAUUGGCAGUCCCCUUUCCCUACUCCUACGCUCAUCCGUUGUGCCUCUGUCCCAAUCCCGCUCUCACACUUUUCCCUCAUGCGCUAUUGGCAGUCCCCUUUCCCUACUCCUACGCUCAUCCGUUGUGCCUCUGUCCCAAUCCCGCUCUCACACUUUUCCCUCCUGCGCUAUUGUUCUAUUCACCCUUUCCUCUCCUGUCCCCCGUUGCAGGGCGGUCCCAUUUUCCCUCUCCUCCUCUCACCCGUUGUGACACUGUCCCAAUCCCGCUCUCAUCCUACUGCUCCCUUGAACCACCAUCCCUUUCCCUCUUUCUUCUCCCUACCUCCCAUCGCAGCGCAGUCCCCUUUCCCUACUCCUACGCUCAUCCGUUGUGCCUCCUUCCCAAUCCCGCUCUCAUCCUUUUCCCUCAUGCGCUAUUGUUCUAUUCACCCUUUCCUCUCCUGUCCCCCAUUGCAGGGCGGUCCCAUUUUCCCUCUCCUCCUCUCACCCCUUGUGACACUGUCCCAAUCCCGCUCUCAUCCUACUGCUCCCUUGAACCACCAUCCCUUUCCCUCUUUCUUCUCCCUACCUCCCUUCGCAGGGCAGUCCCCUUUCCCUUCUCCUACGCUCAUCCGUUGUGCCUCCGUCCCAAUCCCGCUCUCAUCCUUUCCUCCCCACCAGUCCCGUGAGUCCCAUUUGCCCUCUCCUCCUCUAACCCCUUGUGACACCGUCCCAAUCCCUCUCUCAUCCUACUGCACCCUUGCACCACCAUCCCUUCCCCUCUUUCUUCUCCCUACCUCCCUUCGCAGGGCAGUCCCCUUUCCCUACUCCAACGCUCAUCCGAGCGUACUGGGCACGGACGUUGAGGAUGCUGCCGUUUUUGUGCUGGAGGAGGACAUGUUGCCCAUCCCUGAGGAGGACGAGGGUGAAGAGGUAGAAGAGAACGAUGCAGAAGCCCUCGAUGAUCAGAUACAGCCAAGCAGCACCCCUGCCAGGGUGGGCGCGACUCAGGAUGAGGCGCGCGUUCACGGGUUGGAUGAGGCUGAGCACGUCGCUGUCACUGAAGAGCAUGCGGAGGUACCAGUCGGUGCGCCGCAGGAUGAGGGCGACACGGUUGGGGUGGGGGGCGCAGAUUCCACUGCUGGGGAGGCCGUGCAUGAGGAGUCAAGCCCAGCCAGGAUGAGGCGUGCGUUCACGGGUUGGAUGAGGCUGCGCAUGUCGCUGUCCCCGAAAAGCACGCGGCGGUACCAGUCGGUGCGCCGCAUGAUGACCGCGACACGGUUGGGGUGGGGGGCGCAAAUUCCACUGCUGGGGAAGCCGUGCAUGAGGAGUCUACCCCUGCCAGGUCGGAGUGUGGAGGGGAAUGUGAAUGUGCAGGAGGAGGGCGGCAGCAUCGCUGAGCGUGGCAGCGGUGGAGCCGAUACUGAUGCGACGGGUGGUCCUCAUGCAGAUGGACAGUUUACGGAGGAGAGAGGAGGUAUGGAGGAUGUGCAGUGGGACGAUGUGAGUGAGAUGUUCGGUUACGACCCACACCCCGUCCACGGGGUCCGUCCGUGCUCCGAGACGUCUUUCCUACUCAUACAGGCCUCCAUCUCGUCUAGCGAUCGUAUCGUGGACGCGCCGGCGGACGCGCCGGCGGACGUGCUGGCGGACGUGCCGACGGGGGCGGACCAAGCUCAACCUGCAACUUUGGGAGGCUCGUGCGAUGAAAACAUCAACCCGACAGAGCAGCAGUUACCCCUCGGGCAGGAAAGUGUAACCGAUGCUGGUGCACGGGAGAUCGAGAGCACUGUGGUGGGGAGCGGAUCGAGGCCUUGUCGGUGGCAGGAGCGGGGUGUUGGUAAACGUAGUCAUGCUGAUAUGUUGAAGAUGGCUACGGACGACAUGGGGAUGGAUGAGGUCGUGACGGAGGUGAAUGUAGGACAACGGUGGAGUGUUCACUUCCAUCACUGCAUGGUGCGGGCCGCGACUUUGGCCCGGGAUGGACGCCCCAUGUCAGCGAAAGACGUGGCAGACGAGUUGGCGCUUUGUGCUGACCAUUGGGCGGGUUUACAUGCAGGGUGUGACAGGGGUGUUGUUCCCCCGCGCUGUGUGCGGGACAAAUGGGGAGAGGAGAGCGCCAUCUACCCACCUGGCUCGCAGACCCAUAUUGACUUGAAGAAGUGGUUGGAGAAGCACUGCAGCGAGGAGGUGAUGAGACCAUACGUGUUAGGGGCUGGGAGUUGCACAUCUCCCGCGUUGAGACCACGCCCGUACGCCACAAACGAGUGCGAAGAUUGCCACAGAGGUGGGUGA